AUAGUCUCCGCGCCCAGGCGAAGUGUGCAUGCAUUGCAGGGCUUGCAUGCAUGUUUUCAGAGGCAGGUCGGCGCGUCUUUAGGGUGUCCCCGAAUGCGGAUUCACCCAGAGCCGCGAGGGGGGAGGGAGGAAGAAGAGAGGGGGAGAGCCGAGCAUGAAUCGGCGACUAGAGGACGAAGAGAUACGCUGGGGGGGAGCAGGCCUGCCAGCCUCGUAUUCUAAGCCUGGAAGCGGUCAGCCAUACAGGAUCCAGCACGAAGUCACGAAAUUGCUCCAGCAAUAGUUUGUGUGGAUCUUCUGAGAUUGAGUGACGGGAUCUACAGUGGCUGCAGAUGAGGCCCCAUCAUGACGGGCGUCAUUCUCAUUGGCAACCAACGUGUCUCACAGGAUUCUUCAGCCAGACAGCGAGAGCAGCGAGCACGGCGAAUGGCUGCGCAAGGAAUUUCCCUCGGAGUGACAUCUCUGUCGGGAAAUGUGUGUCAAGACGGCGGUGGUACAGCAGUGGUUAGCGAUGCAGGCUGCCCAGGUUCUCGCGGGGUCGUCGGGUUGGAAAUGAUGCAGAGAUGGAGUGAAUGGCAACGACACUAAGUAGCGAACGAGCAAGUGGCUGCGGACUCAGGUUUUCAGUUCAAUAGCGCCGAAUUCAAAAGUUUUGGCUGCAUGUCUUCAACGACAGAACUGCUUCAAACUCAGCACCUUGGAAAUGUGCGGCGAGAUGUGCGUGGUCAGCCAGGCAGCUCACUAAAUUGGUGAAGUUAUUUAGUGCUGGGGAGGCGCCCGCAACCCCAAGCCCACCAGCCACUCAGCGCCCGGAAGACCCGCAUUGGCCCCUAACAGUCCGCCGCCCCCGCACGCUCUUCGCCCAUCGUUUCCCCCAGGUCCCCGAGGUGUCAGGGCCAAAGCACCCAAGAUUGACCUGCUAGUUACUCCACUGCCAUUGCACUGGUUAGUUGAAAUUUCACUCUGCAAGUCAAAUAUGCAUCUGAGUGGAAACGUCAACUUUUCCCUUCAUCCUCACAAGCAUUGAAGAGAAUUCACACCCCCAAGACUCGUGGCAGCCAAUGAGCCAAUGCGCCAUUGUGUGCUGUACAUAAUAUUUGCAAAUCACGUCACUAGCUGCGUCCUUAACGUCUGAUAGAAGCCAGGGCGCCACAAGCUGGAGCGCUGGUGAAGCCAGGCUAUAGGCCAAGAAUCAGAAAUAUUUUCUAUUUUCUACGGAGUACUCAGUAUUUUAUUUUAUUUCAUUUAUUUAUUUAUUUUUGAAUCAGCGCGAUCCGGUGGCAAAGCCACGCUCUCUGUUCACAAUACACAUCUGGAAUUGAUUCUCUAUCUACGGAG